GUCAGCAAACAGUUCUACAACCUCAUGAUGCCCUUCUUUUUCCCCGAUCGGGCUCCGGACGCUAAUGCCACCGCGGGUGACCGGACGAAUGAGGACGGCGGCAGUGGUGUUCUAGCCGUCUCCUCGAAAAAUGACAGCAUUCCAGUGGCCACCGACCAUGCUGCGCCGCCUCGGACUGAAAGGCUCCUUGAUACUGCUGCCGGUAUUGUCCCGUGUCCUUUCUCUCGAAUAUCCUUUCUACUGAAAUUCAUUGAAGUAGACAGUGAAAUUGGACAGGCUGACUUGACAGUGGAUGAUGUACUGUCCACUUACGGUGAAGGUCAGGAGGUUGAACUGGUCAUUCCUCACGACUCUAGUGGUACAGCCGCGAUCUCCCUGUAA